CCCUAGCCUUUCUCCAUAUUAUAAAUGCCAUGCAACGCCCAAAUUAUCAACUAGUGAGGAAGAUCAGAUACCCCAAUCACAAAGCUAGCCAAUAAUUAGCCCAAAAACUGCAAACAUUCUAUAUAACAUAGACAACUAUAACUAUGAGGCUUACUGCAAUUCGAGCAGCUACACAACCACACACUCUCCCUUCUACCUCCAAACACAGCCCAACUUUCCCCUCACAGUACUCCAAAACCCCUACCUUGCCAUUUAACAAGUCUCAAAUCUCAUGGGGUAAUCUGAAACAAGAUAAAGACCAAUGCCACUCUCCUAAACUAGGCCAAAAUUGGAUGCAAUACAUGGGAUUCAACCACUGGGAAUGCUUGCUCGACCCUCUUGAUGACAACCUACGAUCAGAGAUCCUGAGGUACGGCCACUUCAUAGAAGCUGCAUAUCGCUCCUUCGACUUCAACCCCUCCUCUUCCACCUACGCCACAUGCCGCUACUCCAAGGCCUCGCUCCUCGCCCGAACCGGGAUGAGAAAACCCAGCUACAAGGUAACCAAGAACCUCCGCGCCACCUGCGGGAUAAAGCUCCCAAAAUGGAUCGAUAACGUAUCCAAACUACCACACAUCCGAUCCAGAUCAAGCUGGAUCGGGUAUGUGGCAGUCUGUCACGAUAAGAAGGAAAUCGCACGCCUCGGCCGGCGUGAGAUAGUCAUAGCUCUAAGAGGAACCGGCACUUGCUUGGAAUGGUUCGAAAAUCUACGCGCCACCCUCACAACACUGCCAAAUCACAUGUGUGGUGGCUGUGACGGUGACGGUGACGGUUGUGGUGGUGAAGAUGAUGAGUGCAUGGUGGAGAAUGGUUUUUUGAGUCUCUAUGUUUCCAAAACAGAAACAAGUCCAAGUUUGCAGGAGAUGUUGAGAGAAGAGGUUGAAAAAUUGAUUAAAACUUACCGUGAUGAGCCACUUAGCAUAACUAUAACCGGUCACAGUCUUGGAGCCGCACUCGCGAUUCUGAGCGCGUACGAUAUAACCACCACUGUAAAACACGCGCCGUUAGUAACGGUAAUUUCCUUCGGUGGGCCCCGCGUGGGUAAUGAUGAGUUCAGGAGACAGUUAGAACACAGCGGGACGAGGAUACUGAGGAUUGUAAAUUCUGAUGAUGUCAUCACAAAAGUGCCGGGGCUCGUGGUUCGAGACGGUGAUGUGGCGGGUGAUGGUGUCCACGUAGGUAGCUUACGUGGCUGGCUGAGACGGCGCGUGGAGGACAUGCAGCUGGUGUACGCUGAUGUCGGACAGGAGCUGAGGUUGAGUAGCAGUGACUCUCAAUCGCCGUACCUGAAGGGUGGAGAUGUCGCCACGUGUCAUGAUCUGAAGACGUAUCUUCACCUGGUGAAUGGGUUUGUGAGUUCAUCGUGUCCUUACAUGACCGAAGCAUGGCUUUGA